AACGCAGCUGGAUUUGAUGACCAUUAGGAAUUCAGUUGUUCUCUAUCGAAGAGCUAUCGUUUGCAGUGUUGCGAUGCGUCUGCGAUUAUAAAUGCGAUAGUACUCGGAAGGUAUUGAUUAAGAGGAGAUUUUGAUUCACUUCGUUUGUUGUCGGUGACAAUGAAUCGAGGGGGCUUUUCUCUUUACAGCAAAAGUUGUGGUCAAAGUUUGAGUAAUGAGGACAGGAUCAGUGAGUUGCCUGAAGCUUUGCUUCUGCAGAUAUUGUCUUUACUUCCAACAAAAAAAGUAGUAGCCAUGAGUGUCUUGUCUAAACGAUGGAGGUCUCUUUGGAAGAUGUUGCCUCGGCUUAAGUUUGAUGAUUGGAUGUUUCCUGAUAAUGUCAACAGGUGUUUGCUUUCACAUCAAGCUUCGUUUCUACAGAGUUUGCAUCUUGUAAUAGAUUAUGAUUUUGUGUCUCAUAUGCAUACUGGGAUAUUGAUGGGAAUUGCGUUUGGACGCCAUAUACGUGAGCUGGUACUCUAUGUUAAUGGCUUUCAAGAGUCCUUUACAUUUCCUUUAAGCUUGUGUAACUGCGAAUCACUAGAGACAUUGACACUCGGUCAUAACGUUCUUAUAGAUGUCCCUUCUCCGGUUUUUUUGAAGUCUCUUAGAACUCUACACCUAGAUGGGGUUGAGUACACAGACGAUGAAUCAGUUGUUAACCUUUUAUCUGGUUGUAUUAGCCUGGAAAAUUUGGUGGUCCAUCGAGUUAUACAAGCUGAUGUGACAACUUUCACUAUUGCGGUGCCAUCCUUGAAGAGGCUAACACUUACUACUGAAUUUGAUGAUGAUGAAGACUCAGUCUAUGUGAUAAAUGCUCCUUCUUUGAAAUACUUGAAGAUUUUAGGUGACAAGGCUUAUCUGAUUGAGAAUUCACCUGAGUUGGUGGAGGUAAGUCUGACAGAUAGGCAAGUUACUGUGGAUGGUUAUCCCAUCGCUUCAUACGUUGAGAACCUUCUUAGAUCUCUUACUUCAGUCAAACGCAUGUCUUUGAAGAUAUCAUCAUACUUAGAGAUUAAGUUUCCAACUGGUAGCAUCUUCUAUCAGUUGGUAUCUUUGGAGCUAUAUACAAAUAAAGCAGAGUGGUGGAAUCUGCUUGUGUUGAUGCUCGAUAGUUCUCCUAAAUUGCAAGUCCUCAAGCUCAACGGUAAAUUGUCUGGUGAAAACAAUCAUUUAGCCAGUAUGAAUUGGGAUCAACCAAAGAAUAUUCCUGGAUGUUUGUUGUUUAAUCUCGAGACAUUCAUUUGGAAAGGCUGCAAAAGGAUAGGAGAAGAUGAAAAAGAGGUGGCGAAAUACAUCCUAAGGAACACAAAUCGUUUGAAGAGGGCGACUUUCACCAGAGAAAUCUAUGAAGAGAACAAUUCUCAAGACAUGUUUGAGAAUCUUGAAAUGGUGGAGGAAUUGGAAAGUGUGGUCAGAGCUUCAAAGUCAUGCAAGCUUGUGUUCGAAUCUACCUUGUGGUCACUAUCCAAUUAUGAUGUUUAAUUGGAUACGAGUUCUAGUAUAUAGCCUUUGUCUGACCGUUUG